CCCUCUCCCGGCCACUAUAUAUACCUCUCUUCUUUGAACCGGAAUUUUCAUAGAGACGAAUUGAUAUUAUAUCUGUGGAUUGGAUUGGGAAGAAAGUUUGGAAAGGUCAAGGAAAAAAAAAAAAAAGAAGAAGAAGAUUUAUUAGAAUAAGCGAAGAAAAUCAAGAUGUCUUGGCAAACGUACGUUGAUGAGCACCUGAUGUGCGAGAUCGACGGCCAGCAUCUCACCGCCGCGGCCAUCGUCGGCCACGAUGGCAGUGUUUGGGCACAGAGCUCCAACUUCGCUCAGUUCAAGCCUGAAGAAAUUGCAGCGAUCAUGAAAGAUUUUGAUGAACCCGGCUCUCUUGCCCCAACUGGGUUACACCUCGGAGGCAUAAAGUACAUGGUAAUCCAGGGAGAGCCCGGAGCUGUUAUUCGUGGAAAAAAGGGUGCUGGUGGCAUCACGGUGAAGAAAACCAGCCAAGCUUUGAUUUUUGGUAUAUACGACGAACCUCUGACUCCUGGACAGUGUAACAUGAUUGUUGAGAGGUUGGGGGAUUAUCUGGUUGAUCAGGGCCUUUAGGUCGCAGUAUCAUGGUUUUCAUGUUGUGAUAUUUGGUUUGGGCUUGAGUCAUUCAUGGAGUGGCAGUGGAUCAAUUGUUGCUGAGAAUAACCGCGUGAGGACAGAAACAGUAAAUUUUGGUGUUUUUCUAUUUUUGGGCACGUUUUCGUAAUUUAUGUUUUGGGUCCUAUUGAGUCUACAUUUUCAAGGUAUUGAAAACUGAAAUAUCCUUUGAUUUAUUCUAUUUGAUUAUAUGAUUUAAUUUGAUUAUAUGUGUA